AUGGCUUCACAAGCGACCAGCAAGUCCUCUUCACAGUGGGCAGCGCGUUAUCGCGGGGCCACCGUCGAGGACCUCGACCCUCCGGCCGCGCUGUCCCUCACGCCCGCCGACAGCGUCUCCGACGCGCUGCUGUCCGCCUUUGAGCGCGACUACACGCACCUGACGGUCGUCGACGGCGCCACGCGCGCGCUCCUCGGGUACAUUGCCAUGCCGCAGCUGCAGGCGCAGCUCGACGCGGGCCGGGUGCGCGCCGACGACGCGCUGUCGGCCGUCAUGACGCGGUUCCAGCGCAAGGGCCGCACGUACCGCGUCAUUACCAUGCAGACGCCGCUCGAGGAGCUCGAGGCCUUUUUUCGGGGCGAUGGCGGUGCGGCCGGUGGUCAGGAAACGGCCGGGCCGUGGGCGCAGGAGUUUGCCGUCGUGACCGACGAGAAUAGACGGUUCGUGCUGGGCGUCGCGACGGUGCAGGACUUGGAGGAGUUUGUCAAGAGACGGCCUGCCUAG